CAUUACACCUGUAAUUAUUGUGGAAUCCAUUUUAACCAGAGGUGCAAGUUGAAGGAACAUCUCCUUGUCCACACCAACCAAGCAACUGAGCCGCAGAUGUUGUCUAUGCAAAAUGGUCACACUAUUGAGCUUGAAGUUCAGGAUAUGGAAGAGGACCAUUUGCGUGCUGACAGUGAUGUUAUUAGUGAUACCGAUCAACAGGCAUGGAUGGAAGACACCCCGCCGCCCUCUGAAAUGGCUGAUAUAGACAACCUGGAGGGCACCGAGAUGGGUCGUGAAAUGAAACGCAGAAAAUUUGAGUGUCCGACCUGUGCUCGCAAGUUUAUUCAGAAAAGUCACUGGCGUGAGCACAUGUACAUUCACACUGGAAAGCCAUAUAAGUGCAGUGCUUGCGGAAAGAACUUCUGCAGAGCCAAUCAAGCUGCUCGACACGUUUGUCUGAGUCAGGACACAGACUCGCACAUUAUGGUCAACAAACAGAGUUUGGUUUUGUGUGGUGGAGAAGACAACAGUCAAGUGGAAGCUCUCUUUCAGUCUUCUGAAAGACCUUAUAAAUGUAGCAUGUGUGCAGCACCUUUUGCAAGUCCUUCUGAGGUUCCCAAACAUCAGUGUUUGACUGAGCGCGACACUGUACCAUUGGCAGAAAAUUCACUGGGGGAAAAUCAAAAGAAGGACUUGGAGACAACUAUUCCCUGAAGUAACCAUUCCUUCUUGAAAUGUCAUGCUAAAGCAGUAUUAGCUUAUUGCCAGUAUUUAACUAUUUGUAUGUUUGUGUUGUUAUGAACUAAGAGAUAAGUAUUUUUUUAAGGCCCACUGCAUUUUCAUGUCUUUUUAUCUAUUGAAAGGUCAUUUGUGAAUUAGUUUGAAACGAAUAAAAUGCCAAAACUUAAUAUUUCCAAUCAGAAACACUUCUGAGUUGCCUCGUUAAGUAAUUCUACAUUGCAAGUAGAAGAAAAAAACAGCAUAUUAUGAGGCUGUCUUUCAUCCAUUCGCCAAAAUAAAAUAAAAACUGUACUAGCUUGCUGUAUAUCAACUUUUCA